ACACGCCGAUAUGCAUUGAGAAUAUCAUAAGCAGUGGCGUUUUUUCAAUGUGAACUUGAGAAAGUGAAUUCGGUUUCUAUUUCUGCGAUCUUAUUCAAAUAAAGGAAUUUAGUUUGGCAAUUACAAGGAUUCACAAUUUGGGAAGUUCAAGGAUGUGAAAGUUUUAGAUCAUCGUAUUAGGAUACGGAUGUUUAAAACAUCAGAACUUAUUUCAAUGGAGUCGGAUGUGGUUACUCUAAACGGAAAAUACUUGUCUCUUGUUAAAACAUGUUGAUCUGAGAUAAUUGAUAAGUUUGAAUGUUUCCAAGGUCAGUUCAGGUUAGAUAUUCAUCAACGGGGUUAGGGUAGAGGACUUGAAGGGAACUCAACGUAUGUUACGGAUAAGGUAUUUCUAAACCUUGGCCACAUUCUAAACCUGUAUUGACGUAAUUGGGAUCUGACUAUUUACAACGUUACUAAUGUUGACUUUUAAAGUAAUGGUCUAAUUAAAUGUGAUUUCAUGACAGUUUAACUGUAAGGUGCCGCAUUGCUCGUCAAGCAUGGCCACAACGAGUGAAGGAAUAGACCUGUCGCCCCUACCGGAAGAAGGGUCCGACUUGUCAUCCAUAUCCAGUGAUGAUGAUUUUGGCCCCGGUGGCCUGACACCUAUAGAAGAAGAAGGCACAGAGACUCCAAAGGAAUAUUUCCAUGCGUUCGGCAUCAACGAUUUGAAAGCUGAUACUUCGGGACAGCAAAGGAGAGUCGUGUCUCCUUUUCCGACGUAUGAGGACCCUCCUGCAGAGGGGAUCGACUUGGGCAGCCGUGAACCAUCCACAUAUGUUGUGAUCAGUAGACCCAGUUCUCCGCUCCCGAACGGUGUUCCUCAGGAGAGAGACUGGAGCACCCCAGCAGGCAGAGAUUCUGACCCGGAGAGGACUCACAAUGACAAUAUGAUUUAUCUAGACAAUGGGCUUGCUCAUGAUACUGGUGGAACUGUAAAUAUCAAAACGGACCGUCCACAUGCCAAAGACACUGUGUCAGUGAACGACAGUAAGAGUAGCCAAACAAGCAAGUUGGUUGAGCUCGGUGAGUCUGGGUCCACCGCAGCUCAAGCCGUGCCUUCCUCGGGACCCAUCCACUUGGAGCUACGGACCCCGGAUGACUCGACCCGGCUCGGGACCCCGGGCCCGGAGAGUUUCAGGAGCGCUUCAGGAGCAAGUGAAGAUACUGAAAGGGUCCGGAACCCAAUGAUCAUGGCCAACAUUGGCGUGAUGAAUUUGGAUGAGGACGUGGUGAUUAAUUUGAGUAAUACUCUCACGUUGCCGGGAUUGAAGCAAGGACCACACUUCAUGGUCGGCUCUGGCCGUCCCACAUCAACGGAAUCCAAACGCCGAGACGACGUACGUCUCCCUCGUCUAAAGAAGCAGCGCUUUGGUGCUUUCGACGGCCGUGAUGGAAGACCAGGGUACGAGUCACCCUUCAAGAACAGGAGUAUGCAGCCUAUGGCGAGAUUCCGGCGGGCAGCCCGCCUGGUCCAGCUCAUCCUCACGGCAAUCACCUCCACGCGGCGGGAGAACAUUAGACGGGAGGCGAAGCUCAUGUCCUUCUAUCAACUCCAGGAUGAACUUGGCACGACUAAAGGCAGAUACGGCGACGGAUUGGAUUUUGAUCCGAACUAUUACAAGGCUUGCCGACAGAUUCAAAUCAGUGACCAAGCCAAGCAGAUCCUGAUGAUGGAUCCAAAGGACCGGGUCGAUGAGCAGCGACACAUCGCCCUCGUCUCUCUCAAUCAGGCGGUGGACGCGUUUGGGGAGUUCCCCAUCAAGAUGCAACAGUCCCUCGUCCGGAGGGGCUGGUAUGAACAUUUCGAGGCUAAGCGAGUGAUCAUCCGGCAAGGUCAUUUCGCGGAGAACUUCUACUUCAUCCUGUCGGGGACGGCAGUCGUCACCAUCCUCUCCACCAACAAGAAGACGGGGGAGACAUCUCAUAAUACCGUGGCGUUCUUGAAGAAAGGGAACAGCUUUGGGGAGCUAGCUCUGAUGUAUGGAGGUACAAGAAAUGCCACUGUGACGUGCAAGGAUGACGUGGAGUUGCUGGCAGUGGGCCGGGAUGACUUCGUGGACAUAUUCAUGCAUGUUGACAAAGAUGUGGAGCCAGAUCACAUCCAGUUCCUAAGACUGAUCGACAUCUUUGACGGUUGGCCGAUAGGGACCUUACCGUACGCUGAUCCCAAAACCUGUCUCUUCACAUACUUCAGGCGAGGUGUUAUAAUGUGUCGUGACAGCAUUAACAAUGAAUGGAUAUACGUGGUGAAGACAGGGUCGUGUCGGGUGCUAAAGGCGUUACAGCCCGUCAAGGCAGAUAUGCAGACCAUACCUUUAGAGCUCAGAGGCAGUACAAGCUCACUAGCUACGCCAACAAACUCGCCGAGGAAGAGUGAAACUCAGGAGAAACAACUGUUCAGCAGUAAUCGCUAUCUGCCUCCGUUAAAGGCAAUAGACUAUGAAGCGGCACGGGAAUCUCGGUUACAACAUCAAGCAAAAAUAGAAAAGCUGUAUGAAGAGCGACAUAAAACUCAACAGCGACGUGUCCAGUUCGAAAAGGCGAAAGUCAAGCCAUUGCCGAAUGCCAAAGUAUACGUUCAGAUACAGAAGCUAGGGCCAAAGGAGACCUUUGGUCUGACCUCGAUAGCUUUCCAGAUGAUGGAGGAACCCCUCAGCCUCAUCUUGGUGUCUGACGGCGCCGAGUGCGUGCUUAUCAACAAGAAGUUCUUCUUACAACACUUGUCGGAAGGUCAUCAUAAAUACCUCAGAACAUCGGUACAACCGUACCCGACGGAGGAUCACCUCCAGCAGAAGCUACAAGACCAAGUGAAUUGGGAGGCUUACAAAGCCGUCACAUUCCAAAAUGAGAUUGUUUACAAGAAGAAGUUACACGACACGUUAGAGUUGUGAUCCCAGGGUUGAUAGAAAAUGCUGUUGUUCCAGGGAUUAUAGGAAGAGUUGUCAUUCUGGGGAUCGAAGAAAUUCCCUGGUCGUCUUCUGUAUUCGAGGUGUCGUACUGUUCAAGACAGCUACAUUUCUCUUGACCAAUCUCCCGACGAUCCUUUCUUCAGUGAUGCUUUCUAGUGGCGUGUGGUCUGGUGAAUUUAAAACCUGGGAUAUCAAAGCCUACAUAGAGAGUAUGAACAAGGUAGCAAGUGACUUCAAUUCGUCGUUUUGGACAAACUGUCACUGAUCUUGUCCCCAAGGUUUGUCAUCACAACGCCCUCUAUGCAAUGUGCUUAAUCCUUGUGCUGGUCAAGAAUGUAGCCUGGAGUCGGGAUGUCGGGCAGCACGAAAACGUUGAGAGCUUCAAUCACGCUUCACCCACAUCGCCGAACGCUUCACAGAGCGAGGACAUUCACUCCAAGCUUCACUCUGCUGUUGCUUUGAUUGGCGUACAUUAUGGUAGUAUCAAAGCCUUCGAACAUCAUGCCUAAGAGACGUGUGGCGUAACGGAAGCUGCUACAGAUGAUGCCUGCGUCAGGGAUGACCCUACAUGCAUCAAAAGUAUAAAAAGGGUAAAAUACCUUCAUGAUAAGGCUUCCCUGCUGCGGCCAUAACCUAAACGGGGGUCAAGAAGGCAUUGGUGUACGCCCACAAGGCACGGUAUUGAUACAUUAGUAAGCUGUUUUGGUUAUAUGUCAAAACACUAUUUGUUAAAUUGUUGAUUUUAUUUUGGAUCAGAUCUUCUGUUCUCGGUUAAUCAAUUGUUUAGUUAUGUAAACGUUCAGUUUAUGUCUAAAAAGUAAUUUAAGCAAUUUGUACUGUCAUUUCUGUGAUAUCAAA